AGUUUUUCAUCACAGACCGCCGCCGAGGGUGCAGAGAGCUACUGUCCUUUUUGUAUCUCCUUUAUUUUACUCUUUGGACUCACUGACAAAAGUAUUUUGUUUAUUUAUUCAUUUUUUAAAGUUUAGUUUUAGCCUUCAUCGGCAAGGGUUGGUAUCAGCCAGAACUAGUAAACAGGAUUUUUUCUUUUCUUUUUUUAAUAUAACGAGAUAUCAGAAAAUUAACUAUCAAAUGAAGCAAAUUUGUCGUUGGGCUACCUAAGACGGAAACAUUUUUAAAAAGAGUAUCUAUAGUCGGUUACCAUGAAGUUUUUGUAUAAGACAACUUCGUUUGAAACGGAUCUUUAAAAAUAUAUUUUAAAACAGUUUAAACUACAACCAAGAAAUGCGUACAGCGUGUUUACGAGUGGAGUUUUGCAAUUUUGAUGUGAAAAGGAGAAAAGUUGUCCAGAGCGCUGAAAAAUGUCCAGAGCGCUGAGAGAAAGAUAGUUUCAGGACCAGGGACAGCUCCUCUGCAGUCCUGAAAGGAAUGCUGCUGCCCUCUGCUGUACUCGAAUGAUAUUGCACCAAAUGGUGGACGUUGCUCCAUCAGUACAUAUGAGUUCAGGGUAGGUUGUAUGCGUACAUUACAGGAAGGAGGGGGUUCCCUUGAAAACAGCUGUAGCCCUUGCCUUGUGUUCAAGUGUAUUCGAGCCAACAAAUAAUGCCAGCAAUGAGUCAGAGUGGAGUCUGAAUAACGCAGUUAGUGAGGAACUUCUCAAAGUGGAGGGAUGGAGGCUGUGGGUGAGCUGUCUGUUAUGAGGUGAUUGUAUGGAAGAUAAGUGAAUGUAAAAAACGUAUUUUAAAAAAAAUCUUAAAAGUUCUGAUUAGAAUUCCACACAGAGGCCAGUAAGGCCAGGUGAUCAUUAAACAUUUAAAAAGAAAAAAUAUUUAGAUGAGAAAUGUCAAUUUGGGAAAAGGGCCCUGAAGUGAAUUUUCUAGCUAGAAGCUAGAAAUGACAAAAGCUUAAAUGGACAACAAAAUAUGUAUAAACAGAGCGCAUAAUGGGCAAAUUAUAUUUUCUGUAUUUGUGGAAAUAAGUUUUUUUCCUACAAACUGAUCACAAUUCCCAUUGCAAUAGCCGGACAGUAGUAUUCCAACCUUUUUUCACUUUCAUCAGACUGUGUGCAAAGCAUAUGGCUCAAGAAUCCAGAAUUUGGCAGACCUGGUUUCUGUUGUGGAUGCUAUAGUGAAUUAGCUUAUGACUAGCUAAAGGGUUACCGUUGUUCUAAAGUGACAUGAUUGUAAGAUUGUUUUCAGUACUUUUUUUUUCAAAUCACUAAAGCUAAUUUGGGAUAAGACUCAUCCAACACUAGUUCCAGCCUGUGCCUCCAGGUGCCCCCCCGCCACCAAGGAUAAUACUCAACAUGUUUGAAAAAAACUCCAGAGUUAUGUUUUAAAAACAUUGUUCUGCAUUCUUUUUGUACGAUGGUUUCAGUUUUUAGACACUUAACUUUGAUUUUAACUGCGAGAAUCUAUCAAUCAAAAUGGGUGUAUUCUUUUCCCAUCUCUUGAAGCUCCUGAAAUACCAGUACAAAGAUUAGUCUUAAACUUUCAUGCUCUUUCUGUAUAAUACUUGCAGUGUGUGUGGAAAUCAAUUGACACGACACAGGUAAAUAUAGCCUUGUGUUAAAUUUGAAGGGGGAGGGUAUGCGAGGAUGUUUUAAAACAUAUUACCACUUUCAACCAAAGAGUGGGGAAUCAGAAAGAACAAAAGAGUAAAUCAAAUUAAAAUUUGGGGUUGUCACUGUGCCAUAAAUGGCACUUGUUCUCUUCCUUUUUCAAGGUACUUGGCAGGUAGGUUGUACAAAGCAUCUUUGAGUGCUUGCCACUGUUCUUUUGUAUAACAUCUGACUUUUAUUUGUCUCUUGAUGUAAUUCCAGAUUGACUGCUUGGCAUUGAGGGAGCCACUCAAUUUUCUCAGAAUGUCAGCGAAACCAAAAUCUAAGUAACGGAAGUACUUAUUACAAUGACAAUUUUAUCAAAGACAGACACCUUUAAAAGGAUACAAAUUACCCUUUCUUGUCAUUUGUCUUUGAAACAAUUAGACAUGACAGUCACUGCAAAAAUGAUAAAAGCAUGUAAUAAAAGCUAAGUGCUGAAAAAAAAAUCAGGAUAAAUUUAGUGCUUUCAUUUAACUGCUCUAUAAGUGAUGGAUAAAAGAUCAGAUUGCCAGGAAAUGAUAAAUACAUUAAAGAGACAAGACAAUAGACUGAUGCAACAAACUGACAAAACAAUCUGGCAAAAGAUGAGAGGAAAUGGCAAGAAUAUAAUGAGAAUGAAGGAAUAGAAAACAGGUGAGGGAGGUGUGAAGAGCCACCUUCACAAUGGGAAAGGGUGGAAAGGAUGAUUAUUUUGAUAACUACCAAUAUAUAACUUCAUGUAAUAACCUUUUUAAUAGAACCUCAGUUAUAAAGCAGGCUCCUUAAAUUCCAGUAACCAAGAACUGAUAAAUUGUUGGGAUUUUGUCCUGAUUGUUGGAGUUUUCUCUGUAUUAUUGUCACAUCUUUACCCUACAAUAUAAAGCAACUUGAGGCAACUGUUGUUGUGAUUUGGGACUAUACAAAUAAAAAUGCAUUUAAUUGAAUGUUUUUCAAUUCAGUUCAAUUCAAUUUUAUUCAAUUCAAAAACCAAAAAAAAAACAAACACAAGCAUCACCUUACACGAGGGGAAAAAGUGCAUUUCUUCCUGAUUUUCAUGUACAUCUUUUUUAAUUACUUACAAAUUCAGACAAUUCCUUGCUUGUCUUUCUCUGAUCCAGCCCAGGAAAACUAAAUUCUGCUGUUAACAGCAGUAAAUAAAUUCUUAUUCUCUUCUUUUCUUUUUUCUGUUUUUAAAUAAAGGAACAAAGCACCAUUUUAUUUGGUAUGGUAGGAUUUUUUAUUUUAAUUCAAGUCUAAAAGUUUGCUAGACCACUGAAAUGCUUUGACAAGGAAGCAGCAGCAACACAUGCACACACACACACACACACACACGCACACACACACGCACACACACACGCACACGCACACACACACACACACUGUGCUGUGCUUAUCAACCAGUAAGUGAAAAAAGCUGACACCACGGUUGUGGGCAUGAGGGGAAAAAAGGUGGCUCUGGCUAUUUCACUUCAUUUUUGUGAGUCUGCUGGUUCCAUAGUGGUGUGCUUUCUAUAGGUCACGAAGGACAAUAGCAAGGCCUUUAACAGUGCACCUAUUGCAGUGGGGCUCACUAUGGGGACUUUGUCUUUGUCAACAGAGUGGAAUGCCCCAGUGGGCUAACAGGGGCAGGAUAGAGAGCACCACUGCUCACCACCUCUGCACUCGAACAGUCCCUGUUGCUCUUAAUAAAGAGCUUCAGUCUAUACAUCCAGAAGAAGUGGGAAAGAAGAGCAGGAAAAGGAUGACAGGGGAAAAACCAGGCUAGCUGGGUGAAGUUGCUUCAGAUGUCUUCCACUGGUGGGCGAGGUGCUUUGAAUGAGCCAUGAUGAGCUCCCACGUGGGAGCUUCUAGUGUAAAUGGCUCGAACAGAGAUGGAUGUAGCGAAGCUGAGGAUGCUGGUGAGGAAACCAGUACUAAUGAGACUCACACACCAAAGGUGGAGAGAUCUAGGCAAAGGAGUGUAAAUCCAGCAGGCGAGGGAAGGUCAAGCAAUGUGCUGGUGAGACCUUCGCUGUCAGGGGGAAAAGCACGCAAAAAGACCUGCAGUGAGGACAACAAAGGAAGCUGGAGAGAGCAAAACCAAGACAGGGGUGAGGAGACAAUAACUGCUGGAGAUCUGGGAGGCAGAGAAAGAGGGAAAUCCAUGGAAAGAAGAAUGGCAGAAAGAGAUGAAACACAGGGAGAUGAAGCACAGUAUAGACAGAGAAGAGAAAGCACUGGAAGUUUGUCAAGUAAUAAUUCUGAUCUUCAGUUAAACAACAUUUUGGAACUUGGAGAAGGAUCGAGCAACUUGCAGAGAGGACACACCUGCUCUCAACUCCAGGGCACUGGCUGCAACUGGACCUUCACUUCCAAUUCAAACGCUCUGUCCCCUCGGUUUGCUACUCAUACCAGGUCCAUACCUCGGUCACCUCAGAGACCUUCAUCCAGACCAGCUGCAGGAGACUUGCACCUCUACUCACUAAGUUCACUCAGGGAGCCAGAUCCUUUCUGGGUGGAGGUGAGACCAGGGUCAGCAACUGGACGAUCUUUGACCUUCUCUGAGCUAAGAGGGGAAGAAGAGGAUGAGGGUGAUGAAGAGAAUGUGGAGGAUGGCGAUGAAGGAGGCAGUGGGGUGGUAAGGGUGAUGAGUCAAAGCAUGUCCUCAGCAGUGGCGCAACCUUGUGUUCCUUGUGAGAGGAGGAUGAGUAAAAGGGAGAGGAACAGGAUUAAAAGUUUGCGGAGGAGACAGCGGAGAAGGGAGAAAUGGAGACAAAGUCAACAGCAAGAGAGCAGACAGAGUUCAACAGGAAACCCAUCCAGCAGCAGCAGUGAGGACGAUGAGGCCCUGACUACCGGGGACAGAGAGGGCUACAUCUGCGCUGUAUGCUUGGAUGUGUACUUCAGUCCUUACAUGUGCCAUCCGUGCAAUCACAUCUUCUGUGAGCCCUGUCUUAGGACGCUGGCUAAGAACAGCCCCACUAAUACCCCCUGCCCCCUGUGCAGAACAAUCAUCACGCAUGUUUUCUUCCAAAAAGAGCUAAACCAAACAGCAAGAACAUUCUUUCCAAAGGAGUACCUUUCCCGGAAACAGAACUUUCAGAAAGCAAGCUGUGCAAAGUGGCCUCUCCCGAGCUGCAGAAAACUCUUCCGCAUCUUUGGAGGCUUCCAGAGGCAGUCGACUCCUAUUGCUAGGCGCCAGUUCCCCCACGGAGAAGGCUACCCUCUGGACACCAUGGAUUUCGAGGAUGACACUCGUGGCUGGCGAUUUGACAUGGACAUGGUCAUCAUCUACAUCUACUCAGUGAACUGGGUUAUUGGGUUCUUCAUAUUCUGCUUUCUUUGCUAUCUCUUCUUCCCCUCUUUUUGAUGCCCUGACAGCAAUUUUGGGGUAACAUAGAAAUAAGGUAAGGCUGAAGAUAAAUUUGGAGGGGGGAAUAGGGGGGGUACAGGGGAGUGAGGACAUAAACAUGAAACAGCGAGCACAUAAGUGCAUAUACAAAUUUAAAAAAACAGGGGUGAACUUAAGCUGUAAGGUUUAAUGAAAACGCAGUGAGUGAAUUUCAAGCAGGUGAGGAGGUGUGGUAGAGGAAAACCAUCAGUGUGCUAACUUCAUGUCUCUAAUAAAUCACUGAAGUAAGGAAACUCCAGUGUUCUCAGUUCUGUGUCUCAACGUAAUGAACAGCAUGUUAAUAAAACACGUUAGACUGCACUGUUUCAACAUGAUCUCAUUACACUUUUCAAUGCCUAAACUUUUGUUUAACAGCACAGCCACUUGAACAGUUCCCAGUGUGAUUACUUUUCUAAUGUACAAGGACAUAUUAAUUUCAAUGUGAAAUUUUUAAUUACCAACUUCCAUCCACUGCA